AUGAGAUAUAAGACAAAAGCACUCAUUACACUAUCUAUAAUUGUGCAAUUAAUAAACAGUACAGCAGACCAAAUAAACUUAGAAGGAAGAAAACAUAAAAGAAAAAGAGAAGAGCAAUUAAACACACCACAAAAAAUGCAGCAAACUAUGUUAGAGCCAAAUAAUAUUGAAUGUUCUGCAUUAAACACAUAUCAACCGCAUCCAAGCACACAUUGA